AUGGCAGAGGUAGCAGCAGCUGAUCAACCUCAAGAAAGAGAGCUACAACUAGCUCAACCCAGACUGCUAAGAGAUUAUUCUGUACCCCAAGAGGAGGAAGUUCAAACUCCAUUGGCAUACAAUAAUGUUGCAGCAGAGAACUUUGAGCUCAAAACUCAAAUGAUUCAAUGGAACAACAACUGGACUAACCAGCAGUCAAACUACCAGAGAUCAGCUCAACCAUCUGGAUUUCAAAAUCAACCAUUCAGAGUCAAGGAAGAAGACUUAAUCAAGGUUGGUAAUGUUCUUGCUAGUCUUGAUGCAACUGUAAAAAAUAUGCAAAAUCAGGUUGCACAGAUGGCAAGGAGGAUACCAGACAGACCUGCUGGCACUCUUCCUGGCGACACACUGGAAAAUUCCAAGAGAAGGGAAGCACACAGCACAAAUCAAAAGGCCGACAUGCAGCACAAGGAGAGCCCAAAGGGAAGAGCAUCAGAAUCGCCUCAGGGGAAUUGGAGAUAUGGUCUCAUCAUAACCCUUGGGUGGACGACAUUUUAUCAAAGAACAUGGGAAAGGAAGGCUAUUGUGGAAAGGGAGGUUGACAUUUUAGCAUAUCCAUAUUCAGACAUAAUUGAACGUGGCUGGCAAGGAUUCUGCACCUUCGCAAUCAAACAAAACCUCACCACUAUCAGAGAAUUCUAUAGCAAUCUAUGGGGAGCGGAUGAAUAUGAAAUCGUAGUGAGAGGCAAGGCAGACGACAUCAGCAGAGCGGCAAUUCGAGAAACACUUGAGUUACCGGCCAACAUCCCUCUGUACGAAGAUACGGCCUUAGACAUGAUGGAUGAAACACCUGAACGAGAACUGCCAGUAGCACUUUGUGAAGAUGCAGCGGAGGAUAUCUGGACCAUUGAUGGUCAGGGGUUUCUGAAACAUUUUCCGACAGCAGAAUUGAAGCAAGCUUACAAACCAUGGUUCAACUUCAUUUGCACAAAUUUGAUGCUCUCUAAUCAUCUAGGAGUGGUGACAUUUGAUGCAGUUAUCUUGUUAUAUGCCAUUGCCAUGAACAUUCCAAUAGAUGCGGCAGAUAUAAUUAGAAGACAAAUGCACCGAUGCUUGAACCUGAGGCAGAAAUACUGGUUCUUCCCAAUAUUAGCCACAAGGUUGAUGAUGAGAGCCGGUGUUCACUUUCUGCCAGGAGACGAGAGAGGAGAGAUUCCAACUCCAUGGAAUGUACAAGGUCCACCAGACUCGUGGAAAUAUGAUCUGGGUAGGGGCCUGAGUGGAAAGAGCAAGACAAAAAAGCCAUAUGGACAAGGAGAAAAAGGGUUGAGGGAGAAACAAGGUGUAGCCAAUGUUGCUGCUGAAUCUGUGAGGAAGUCCUUAGAAUCUAAAAACCUCAGUAAAAUUACCUUAGUUGAUGGCAUGCAGGAAAUAGCUGCUAGAAAUUGGGCUGUUGGAAGGAUGAUUAGAGCUAGAGCAAGUGAAGAAAUUCUUGUUGAGGAAGGAAGAUUGGCAACAGAUGAUCACCAAUUAGAAGAAUCUGCAGCAGCACACUCAAUUGAGAGGAAGUACGGUAGUUGUCCUGCUGCCAGAUUACUGCUGUAG